AUGGGCCGAGAGUACCGGAAAUAUAUUUCAAAAGAUAGGUGGAGAUCCAAUCAUCAACAGGAUAUUUCAGUACGACAAAGACUCAAAACACUCACGUACCCAACAGUGUUCCUUCCUUUGGUGACAAUUAAGAAGCUAUAUCUGCCAUCCAGUGUGUUCCAGUACAAUUUUGAGUACACAACCAUUGUAAUAUUGGGACUGACAGGAUUGCAGUACUUGUUUGUCCAUGUGAAGUUCCAUGAUGAGGACUUAGCACAAAGAAAAGUAGCUAUUGUCAUUACUAUUCUCAAAAUAGUAUUCACCGUGGGGUUGCUUGUUGCCACAGUCUGCCAUAGUUCUCUGACUAGUAAGGCAAGAACCAUCAGCAUCGUGGUGUAUUUCGACAUUCUAUUGGUAACACUGGUCUUUCUCCACUAUCUGUGGAAGGACAUGAAGAAUUUUGGGAAGGGGCUAAAAAAGCACAUCCUGUUUAGGACACGAGAGCUUAAACUCUAA